CGCCUCGUUUAUUCUCAAUAGUUGUCAGAGCCUCAGGUCACUCACUAGUCGUCGUGAGGCAUCUUCCACUCCCUUUCUUUCUCUCUCUCUGUCUCCUUGUCCUUCACCUUCUCAGGCUCCAGCAUCUAUUUUGCAAAGGCUGAGAAAACCGUGGACCGCGAAGCAGUAGUAAACUCGAGGCAGGAAAACAAACGCGUCUUUUCUCCUCAAAAGUUCUCGACUCAAAAUCUGACCAUGUCCGGCGAAGACGCACCCGCCCAGCAGCAAAAUGCCGAGGAGCAGAAGCAGCAGCAAGAAACCAAGACGCCCGCCGAGUCCCCCAAAACCGAGAGCAAACCAGACCCGCCGCCCAGCAGCGCCUCCACCGAGGCCGCCACCCCAGCGCCCGCCGCGGAGAAAGCCCCAGAGGAGGACACGUUCAGCUACCGGGCUCUGGUGCUCACCGGCUACGGCGGGUAUGAUAAGGUGAAGCUCCAAGUGAAGAAGGGGAAGCCAGCUCUCAAAAGCGGCGAGGUGAUGGUCCGCGUGAAAAUAUGCGGGCUGAACUUCGCCGAUCUGAUGGCGAGACAGGGACUGUACGACCGGCUCCCGUCCCCGCCGGUAACCCCGGGCAUGGAGUGCUCCGGGAUCAUCGAGGCUGUCGGUGAAGACGUGACUGACAGAAAAGUGGGUGAUAAGGUCCUGGUUCUGAACCGGAGCGGUAUGUGGCAGGAAGUAGUAGUGGUGGCGACCACACACACCUUCCUGAUGCCAGAGGGCAUGAGCUUUGAGGAGGCGGCGGCACUUCCUGUCAAUUACAUCACCGCCUACUUGAUGCUCUUCGACUUUGGGCACCUGCGUCCGAACCAGAGCGUGCUCAUCCAUAUGGCUGCAGGUGGGGUGGGCAUCGCUGCCACUCAGUUGUGUAAAACGGUGAAUGAUGUCACCGUGUUUGGCACCGCCUCUGCCAGCAAGCAUGAGGUCAUCAGCCAGGGCGGAGUCACGCACCCCAUUGACUACAGGACACGUGACUAUGUGGAGGAGAUCCGUAAAAUCAGCCCCAAAGGCUUGGAUAUUGUUCUGGAUCCUCUGGGAGGCUCUGACACCAAUAAGGGCUACAACCUUCUGAAACCAAUGGGGAAGCUCAUCAGCUACGGUGCCGCUAACAUGUUGGCGGGUCAGAAGAAGAACCUGUUUGUGGUGGCUAAGACCUGGUACCAGCAGUUCUCCGUACACACCCUGAGCCUGAUCCAGGGAAACCGCUCGGUGUGUGGAUUUCACCUGGGGUACCUGGACUCUGAGACAGAGCUGAUCGCUCAGGCCAUGGCAGCAAUCAUGGACCUGUACAGACAGGGCAAGAUCAAGCCCCGAAUCGACUCCACCUACCACCUAGAACAGGUUGGUGAUGCCAUGCGUAGGAUGCAAGAGAGGAACAACAUUGGUAAAAUCAUCCUCACCACCGAGCCCAUGAAGGAAGAGGAGAAGAAAGAGGAAGCCAAGAAAGAUGAGGAGAAGAAGAAAGAUGACAAGAAAAAGGAUGAAAAGAAGAAGGAAGACAAGAAGAAGGACGAUGCCAAGAAGGAGGAGAAAAAGGAGGAGAAGGAAGAGGCCAAGAAAGAUGACAAGAAAGCAGAAGAAAAGAAGGAAGAGGCCAAGAAAGAGGAGAACUGAGUGGAGAGAAACAUUGUGGAUGUGCUUCGUGUCUGUGUCAGCGGUUUGGGAGUGGUUUGAGUGUGUGUGUGUGUGUGUUAUGUGUGUGUGUGUGUUUGUGUGUGUAUGGAGGGGUGUAUAGUGUAAUUCGCUUAACCCCAGGUGAUUCCUGACAUUAGACCUGCAUUUCUGCAAUCAUUCAAUCAACAGAAUUCACACACACACACACACACACACACACGCACACACUUUAUACACCAAGGGAACACACCACUUUACUUUCUGUUGUAACCCGGUAGUAUUUAUUCCCGGUUCUUCUGUGUCCUUUCUAACUAUUUCAUAUGACUGCAUGCCACCAAGGCAUGCUAGGGCCGUAUUAUCCUUUUUAUAACUAUCACCGCAGUGUUUACUCAACCAACGUCUUUAAUUAUAUAACAAAAUAACCUUACUCUUCACCCUUUAAAAUCUUACUACCCUAUCCUCUAACGUUAUUCCUGCCAAACUAAUGCACUAUAAAAUUGUAUACCACUGAAAUAUUCUUUGUAGACGCAAACCAAAAACCACCUCAUUCGCUCUCUACACCCCUCCGUGUGUUUGCAUAUCCACCGUGAGAUUGGCUUUUCUGUUCCCUUUUAGUCUCUGUUCUGAAGUGGGUGCACUUGUUUGAUUCACCAUACGUCAUCAAAAGUGAAAGAGCUUUUUUUCUCUGCCCACUUUGGCAUGCAAAAACAAGAGCACCCACCUACACUCCCAUUGUUUAUGUUGUUUUUCCCUUAUUGGGCCAGACUCACUGACAUGUACUCAAGCCCCGCCCCCUGGAGGAGUCAGGGCACUUUCUGAUUGGCCGAGAUGGACAACGGGCUUCUUUUAUGUGUACACGUGCACAUCGCAGACUUUACCCCGAAAACUAACAAGGGUGCUUUAGCCCUCAGCUGAUCAAUGUGUCAUGUCAUUUAAACAGGGCAAGCGUCAGGGUUUUAAUGAGUCUAGCUUGGCAAGCAGGACCAAUUAUAGAGAACAUUCUCCCAGCCUUUUUCCCAUCGUUUCUCUUGUAUCAGAUGUUGACUCGUAAAGACAGGAGUGGCCUUUCAUUCCAGAACCACCUCCAGGAUUCCUCAGGAUCCUGACGCUUUCCACCCCUCGUUCCCGUGAUGGCUUUACCACACGAUCAUGCUGACCUGCAGCUCGGAUUUAAAUAUGAUCUCCACGCCAGUCUGGCUUUUCUAACUCCACUCUCUUUCGCUCUCUUCCCAUUUCGUCAUUGUGGUUGGCAUAGCAACAGCACUUAGGCUAGUUAGAGAUGACAGUUAGGUCUCACCCCCACAUCGCAGACGAAUGCAAACAGACAACCACUCGCAGCUUCUUUUAUACCAUUAACGUUGGUGGUUUUAUUUGAAUGCAUUUAGGAAUGUGGCUACACCCUCUCUUAGGCAUGUCAAUCAAUCCCUCUGGCUCCUCCCCCUCCCCUGUUUCUCAGAGAGCAGUAAUCCACUGCCUCCGCUGGUGAUUUAUAUGCAGUGCAGUGCUAUCAUUCAAGUAAUCAAGACACCUGCUGACCGCACUCUUUCUUUUCACACUGUGAGUCUGGUUCAUUUCAGUGAGUGUUUAUGUGAAACAAAACCAGAUCCCCUCUUUUAUAUGUGCGUUUGUUGUGUGCGAGUACGUGUGUUUCUGUAUUUGACCGUCUGUCCUCAGGUUUGUUGUCGGAUUUAGAUUCAAAUGUUCUUUCUUUCUGUUUCUCUACCUCCCUCAUGCCACCUUAUGCUAUCGUCUGGCAUUUUAACAGUCUCUUUCUCCUCCUCUGUCAGUUUCUAACUCUCACCAUCACUCUUGAAUAUUCCGGCCCCCGUGAACAGCCUGCAUUGGUUUGCUAUCGUUUGCACUCAGCUUACACUUAUAGAAAAUGGUGUUUCCACACCCAAUCCACUGUAUCUUUGGUUCCCGUCCGGGUUUUCACACCGUUUCAGUCACAUUCUUGUUCUCCCACCAACAAUCUCGUUCUGUAUGCGCCUCUAAAACCGAGUGUUUGAAUGUGCAUGGAGAUGCUCAGAAGGCUGCAUUGUUCAAUGUUUGCUCGUGUUUACAUAAUCACUACGAGUGCAGAUAACCAUUCAGGCCCAGAAUGCACUGGGGUGGGUGUGGAACAGCCAUUCUAGUCUGAAGAGUCACCAUGUUCCAACUCACUGAAUCCCAAUCCGGUUUUGAGUUCUGGAUCCAAGGGAUUGAGUUUCAGUUUCUUGUUGUGUUCCGCUGGCUCUCUUCCUGUGUUCCUGUGGAUGGUGACCCUAACUAACACUUCAGUGAAAAAUAUCCGUCCUCUUUGUAUUAGGUUUCAUUUUUGUUUUUUGUAUGUUUGUUUUUGUGAUCUGCAUUUCAGUAGUUUGAGUUCAAAUGGCUUUGCUGCAGUUCCUCUAAAAUGUGAUGAAUCAUGUGAUUUUGUUGGUCCUGACCGAGUGUGCCAAACUUUUUCGUGAAGGCAUGACCUUCGCUAUAACUGUGCUUGCUGUACUGAAGAAAAAAAAAAAACAAUGAAUGAAAGAUAAAGAAAAAAAACCUAA